GGAGGCGGAGGCAGAGGAGGAGGAAGCCGGAAGUGCAUCGGACCCGGGUCGUCCGGGCGUUGCGGGAUUGGGGCCUGGGAACACUCGGUCCCUGGCAGCCGAGAAGCCCGGGACUGGGCUGAGCGGCGCGAUCCCAGCCCUGAGUCCUGCUGACUGCCCAGCGCCGGCCUCACCUGCAGCGUACCCGGAGCGUUGCUCUCCUCCACCGAACUGUGAGGUUCUGCGCGCCCCGCGGAGGUCGGCGGCAACCAGCAGCGACUGCGGAGCGACGGCGGGCGGCCCCGGGCAUGUACGCCCCCGGAGGCGCAGGGCUGCCCGGCGGGCGCCGGCGGAGGAGCCCGGGAGGCAGCGCUCUGCCCAAGCAGCCGGAGCGUAGCCUGGCCUCGGCCCUGCCUGGCGCCCUGUCCAUCACGGCGCUGUGCACUGCCCUCGCCGAGCCCGCCUGGUUGCACAUCCACGGAGGCACCUGUUCCCGCCAGGAGCUGGGGGUCUCCGACGUGUUGGGCUAUGUGCACCCGGACCUGCUGAAAGAUUUCUGCAUGAAUCCCCAGACAGUGCUGCUCCUGCGGGUCAUCGCUGCCUUCUGCUUCCUGGGCAUCCUGUGUAGUCUCUCCGCUUUCCUUCUGGAUGUCUUUGGUCCCAAGCAUCCCGCCCUGAAGAUCACCCGUCGCUAUGCCUUCGCCCAUAUCCUCACUGUCCUGCAGUGUGCCACUGUCAUUGGCUUUUCAUAUUGGGCUUCUGAACUCAUCCUGGCCCAGCAGCAGCAGCAUAAGAAGUACCAUGGAUCCCAGGUCUAUGUCACCUUUGCUGUUAGCUUCUACCUGGUGGCAGGAGCUGGUGGAGCCUCAAUCCUGGCCACGGCAGCCAACCUCCUUCGCCACUACCCCACAGAGGAAGAGGAGCAGGCUCUGGAGCUGCUUUCUGAGAUGGAGGAGAACGAGCCCUACCCGGCGGAAUAUGAGGUCAUCAACCAGUUCCAGCCACCUCCUGCCUACACACCCUAAUGCCAACCUUGGGCUCUCUUCCUUGGCAACCCUUCCCCCGACUCUGCAACUCCUCUCGUACCCAGAGGAGCUCCUUUCCCCAGCAGGCCUCACUGGUAGGAUCCUGACCAUGUUCUCCAAACCUUCCCCAGGAGAGACUGCAUUUAGGGUUAUUUGAGUAUCCCUGCUCUCAGAACUGGGGGUCCACUGGUUUUCUAUAAUGCACUGUUUCCCUCCUGCCGCAUCCUGCUCCCUUCACGUUCACGAGUCAUUAGCAGCCAGGGAAGGUCAUCCAAGUUUCCCCCAGGAUGGGCCAUAUCUUUGGGACCGAGACUUUCCUUGGAGAGCUGCUGAGAGUGGACAGUCCCAGGAAGAAGUGUCAGAGGGCCCAAGGGAAAGGGGACUGUGGCCUGCAGGCUCAUAUCACAGGGAUCAGUGUUUGUUUCACAGCUGUGGCUCUGGGCUGAUGCCCCCAGCCCGCUUUCUUCUCGGAGUGACCCACCCCCAGGCCACCUGCUCCGGGGAGUUCUGUGCACUUUACUCUUUGGACUUCUCCUCACGUGUGCCCUGGUUUUAUGGGGAAAGGGAAUUGCUGUUGGGAAGGCAGAACAGUUGCUACCCUCCCUGGCCUUGCUUUGUGUGACUGGAGCCCAGACAAGGAGAGCAGGAGCCAGCAUAAGACUGAGGCCUCCUGGUGUCUACCAAGGAUGAAAGUAAAGGGGACUACAUCUCCCAGCCCUUUCACCUUUUAAAUUUGAGUGGUUUUAAAAGGAAGAAAACAAAGCCAGGCAACAGCAACAGUAUUCUGUUUUUAAAAUAGUGACAAGACUGUUGUCACUUUUUAGAAAUGUAUCCCAUUCCUUUUGGCUCUGCAAUUUUUGGCCCAUAGCUUCUUCCAAGCCUAUGGUAGUCCCUCCCUGAGUCUCUCCCAGCAGAAUGCAGCCUCCCUUCCCUGGCCCCUUCCCUCCCAGCGACUAUGGCUCCCUGGGGCCUUCUUGUGGAACCCAGCGGGGCUGAGGACUGUGGCCUGGCUGGCGGGCCAGCAUGGUGCUCUUCAGGACUGCAGCACUGAGAUGGAACCUGGCCUCAGUUCAGGAACAGGGGCCACAACAGGGCAGGAACCCACCACCCUCCACAUAGGAAUACAACCAGUGGGGCCCCGUCACAUGAGGCAUCAGACCCACCCUGUCAGCCCAGCAGGCCGGGCUGUGUUCCUUCAGACUUAAUGCUGCCCUAGACUCUGACUUGGGGCUCCAACCUGCCGCAUGCCCCUCUCCCCCUCUUAAAUGUACUCUGGCCUUGCAGUGUGCUGCUGGCACUUUCUCUCUCAGCCGUCACUCUGGCCACCCUGUUUGCUCUGGCUCUGGCUGAAUUUUCUGCCCUGAGCUCUGGGUAUAAAGUGGAUGAAACUUGAAAGACCUUCAGUGUAGAUCCAGAUGGCCAAUCUGUCCUUGUUAAGUUAAUUGUUUCUUGGGAAUGAACGUCCAUUGCUGAGCUGAAAAGGAAAUGGAUUCCAAUCUCCUCCAACCUUUAAGGUGAUAGGCAGUUCAAGCAAGACUGGAGAAUGGACAACACUAUGAAGCUGUGGCUAGAAAGGGACUGUCACGUCCCAUCCUUUGGCCAGAUUGACUGGGGAUGUCUGGACAGACGCCUGCAUGGGUGGUGAGGGCCACAUCUGCACAUGAGCGGGUGGCUGCUUGCAGCUCACUGCUGUGAUGCCAGAGUGUCUUCAAAGGUGACUCUCCUGCUCUUCUGGACUCUUCUCUCAGGCAAGAAAGGCUGCUAGCUACCUGCUGUGUGAUGCCUGACCAUAAAGCCAAGGAACUGAACUACGUCUUUCUGUAAAAUCCUGAGUUUGUCGUUGGCAGGUUUACAUGUGGCCAGCUAUCUCUGCCCAUGGGUGUUUGAGCAGGCAGACCAGAAGACCAGGCACCAGACAUGCAUGCCAAAGGGACCAGUCAUCUCCUGAGGACCUGUACAUGACCCUGUGGACCAUUCCAUGCAACCCGGAACCCACUUUUUAUUCACUUCCCAUGCCUCUGGCCUUCCCCUUCUUUCUCUUUUCCUCUGUCAUCCUGACACUGAUAGUUUGUCAUAUAAAUUCCCCUGGUUGUAUUUUUUUUUUCUAGGAAAAAAAUUAAAAAGGAAAGGAAACAAAACCCAGAAUCCACAAAUAAGAA